AUGGCCGCGAGCAACUACUACGGUUACACUUCGGGAGGCCAGCACUCUCAAGCAUUUACUCAAGCUCAAAAUCCGUCGAUACAAACCAGUUACGGAACACCUCAGGCAACUACAGGAUACGGAGUUCAAGCCUCUACACCUGCUGGGGCACAUUAUGUUCCGCAACAAACUCAGGCACCGAGGCAAGUUGUACAAGCUCCCUAUUCAGCCGGCACAACAGCUUACGCUCAACAAGGAUCUUCGGCUCAAGCAGGCGCUUAUGGCUACACAGCGAGACAGCAAGACGCUCCACCGCCGCCUCCACCAGCAAAUGCCUCUUAUCAAGCGGCUCACGCCGCUUAUCAAACGCACCACGGCUCUGCUCAGUACUACGAUAGAGAAGCUUAUGAAACGAAGGCGUCUUAUUAUUCACAACAACCUGCUUCGAAUGUUCAAGGUGGCCAGGGUGCUUACUAUGGUCAAAACGCCACGGCAGCAGCUAAAGCGGCCUAUCCAACAUCAGGAACAAGUGUUUACCCAACAUCUGUAAGCGCCACUCCAGUCAUUUCGAAAACGCAUCCGUCACAAUCGUAUUCUUCGCAAUCCUCGACCGUCGCCUACCCCUAUUCCAGCGCUCGUGCGCAGACAUCAGCUUACGAGCAAACAAGCUCGUACAACACGUCAAAUUAUGGCGGCUCUUCGGCUGGAAACACGGGCGGUUAUCAGCCGCAAGCUUACGAAGCUGCUGUUUACAACGCCGCUGCAGCCUUUGUUCAACAACAGCAUCAUCAACAUCAACCUCCGAGACAAGGCUGGAAAAACAAGAUAGGUGUAGGGCAACAGAAGCAACCAACAGGAAUGAUGAAGCCUAAACAGCCGCCUAAACAGCCUCAGCUUCAUUACUGUGAAGUUUGCAAGAUAAGCUGCGCUGGACCUCAGGUAAACUUAUCUUUUCCAUUCAAUAAAUUCUAAACCUUGAACGGAACAUCUGUUCGUGAGUCUGCUAGUCCUAAAAUAGCUUGUAUCACCGGUCGUUUCGAUACAAAGGUAUUUAGGUACAAGUCAUUUCGCUACAUGACGAUUCAGAAAAGGUGUAACUAGUUUUGUGUGCAGUAGUUGACUUUCACGAACGAGGAAUAUUCACGCCAUAUGUUUUUGUUGUCCUCACGAUACUAUACUUGUAGACUGCGAGUAGUGUCUUAUUUUCUUUUGAGUCACGGAGAUAAAGAACGCGCGCGCAGGGCGAGUGGCGAAACCGCGAGGAACUAUGGCGGAAGCCUGAGCGAAGAAAAAAGAGACUGCGAUAGGAUCUUUGAUCUGGCGAUUUGCUGCUUUUCACGCCUUUGCUGUUAUUGACAGCUCCUUCAUUUUUGACAAUAGCCCACGUUCAAUAUAUUAAAAUUCUAACAUGACUCCGAGGCUUUCUGGUCAUUUUUCCAUAUUUGGUUUGGUGUUCUUUGUGCUCAGAUUUUUUCUGGGAAUUGCCAGACAAUGGAGGCUUAAAAAUUGCAGUUUUGACUCAAAAGCCUCAGAGUCAACGUAGAAUUUAAUAUAUUGAACGUGGGCUAUUGACACCAUUUCGGGUGCUUUUUCCUGCAAACAAACAGCUUGUCUUUGAUUGUCUGUUCAUUGCUGUUUGGUUGGGGAUAUUAGUUCUGCAGUUAUCUUUGAAGGAUUGCAGGAAUAGUAGCGUAAAAAAUUCUGAAAAUCCUGGGAAAAAAAGAGGGUUUCUCAAAGCCGGUGAGAAAGGAAGCGAAAGGGUGGAGAAGCCUCGCAAUAUUAUAGACCAGGCAAACAAUUUGCCAUUGACCUUUCAUUGCCUAGGGCUGAAAUUUCUAUGGUGCGAAGAGAGGAUAUAUUUCGGCCAAGAAUACAUUUUCAGGUUCCACAAAAGCAAGGACUAAUAAAACCAUUAACCUCUGCGGUCAUCCUUUUUCCUCUCUCCGCCCCAAACCUUUUUACCAUUAGUUUGCAUAAUUUCACUUUUUCACUCCCUGCAUGUGGCAAUAUGUACAACAUAAUUUAUUGUUUACUCCCCAAGGGGCUUUUCAGGAACAAUGAUUUUUUUACAAGCUUUACAUUUAACUAAUGAUAUUACAACACUCAACUUAGUACAAAUAACAAGGCUUAACUAAUAAUUACUUAUUACAAUACUUGUUAAACUAAGAAGCAUUUACAAAAUUAUCUAAAAGCUGGUUCCUUAAGAGAUGUUUAAAAAUGUGAGCAGAUUGGCUUAAUUGAAGAGAAGGUUUUAAAUUGUUGCUAAGCUUAAUAAUAGUCCUGCAAUAAAAAGUUCUCUGUCUGGAGGCUGUUCUGAAAAGAGGGAUGUUUAGCUUUUGGCUACUCCAAGUUGUUCGUUUGUUAACUUGCUCACGGGUAAUAAAUUGGGAAGUAAGAUAUUCAGAGGCUUGACCGGUCAUGCAUUUGAAGGCCAUAAUAGCUUGGUUAUAUAGUCCUUAUCAGGCAACCAAGACAGGCUUUUUAAGAGGGGUGUUACAUGAUCAUAUUUUUUCACACUGCUGGCGAUUGGGCAAGCAAAGUUUUGGACAGUCUACAAUUUUGUUACAUUCUAAUUUGUUAUGUUUGCCCAAACAUUGGAGAAGUAUUACAUUUUGCUGAAAACUAAGGCAUGUAUUACCGUUAACAAUGUGUUUUGUCUAAGAAAUGUUUCACACAGUUAAUUUGCGCUAGGCAUGCAAUAAGUUUCUGACACUUUGGUCGUUAUAUUGAUAUCAAAUGUUUAAGUUCAGACCCAAAAUUAUGCCGAGAUCUUUCACUGAUUGCUCUGGGGAAAUGUCCUUUCCCAACAAAAACAAAUGAAAUUCAUGGAGCUUCAAGGUCACCUGUUAAUUUUGUCUUGUCUGGAUUCAGUAAUAGCCGAUUUCCGAAGCAGCAGUUGUGCACCUGCAGGAGUUAUUCAUUCAUUUCUUGGACGAUCCCUUGGGAGUUGUUUCAAUGGAAAGAAACAAAAUAAUAUUCUUGUAUCAUCUUCAUAACAUUCUGCAGAGUAAUGUAGUGGAACUUCUGGCAGAUCAUUUACGUAGAUGCUAAAUAAUAUCGGGCCUAGAAUACUACCUUCAGUUACACCACAUUCAGCUGGCAGAGGAUCAGAAACAGCACCAUGAAUUUGUACAACUUGAUAUCUAUUUGUGAGGUAGCUGUUAAAAAACCAUUUUCAUGCGUUGGUCAAGGCACCAAUGCUUUGUAUUUUUACGUAACAAUAUUUGGUGGUCAAUGCUGUCGAAGGCUUUACUCAUAUCUAAAAGUAUGCAGGCAGUUCUUUUCUUAUCAUCAAUUCCUUUGCGAAAUGCAUCAGUUGUAUGAAUUAAAGAUGUUUCAGUAGAGAACCAUUUCUUGUUGCCACUUUGUUUUGCGGUGAACCUUUCCUUGGCUGUCAAAUAGGUGACACACUGAUCAUAGGCUACUCUCUCACAAACCUUUGAUCAUGCAGGUAACAGGGAAAUUGGUCUUAUAUUGUUAGGAAGUUCAUGGUUGCUUUGUUUGGGAAUACAUUAUACGUAGGUGAAUUUAAAGAAGAGAGAGAAGCAUCGAUGAUUGACAUAAUAAAAGGGAGUAUGAUCAGCAGGCUUCCUUAAGGAAAGAAGGACAACCGCUCACAGUCUACUCUACUUACAGUGUUUGAAAAUUGUUGUGCAGUUUCUUUGCUUGAGUUUGUAUCGAAAUGACUAGUUUUCAAAAUAGCUUGUUGUAUUGCAUGUACUGAACAUGGGUUAAUCUUUUUAGCUCGCUUUACUUAACAAAUAAAGAAGCCUUGACCGUGCUCUGUUUUGUUGUAAAGCACACAGGAAGCAGCUAGAGCACAAAAGGAAUGUAGGGGGAAACUGAACUUGUAAAUUGCACCUGUAAAAGUGUACAUGGCUUCAAAUGUGGUCCCCAUAGCAUUGAUGCUUUUUUGUUUUGUCAUUACUUCUUAAUAAUGUCACAAGUCACCCUUGGCUUUCAACUGCUAGGGAGUUUGCUUCAGGAGUCAGUGAGUUUGGAGUUUUCUUGGACAUACAAAGGCAACCAAAAAGUUACAUUUGUGUGCACCAAGUUGGAUGCAUAUAUAUACAGUUUAUAAUUUUGUCCAGUUGGUUUAUAUCUGAUAAACUCAACAAUAUAUUGACUUUUGAAAUCAUUAUAUUUAGACUUACAGGGAACACUUGGAAGGCCAGAAACACAAGAAGAAAGAACAGGCAGCAAAGCAGAAAGAGAAAGAAUCUCUUCCAUCAAAUGCUUAUCGCUGUGAACUGUGUGAUGUAACUUGCACAGGAACUGAUGCAUAUGCUGCCCAUCUCAAGGGAUCAAAACAUCAAAAGGUAUGGAUGAUAAUUGGUAUCCAGCAAAUAAUGUGUUUUACAGGGCUUGACAAAGAAAUAAAAUCUGGAAAGAAGGUCAGGGAGUUUUUCUAAAAGCCGCUUGAGAAACAUGCUUAGUAAAUCAGGUAGUGGAAUUCAGGAGCCCAUAACUCGAAGCAAGCAACUUUCAUGCUUUGUUAGGGAAAUGGUGCUCUUUAAAGUAUCUACAAACAAACUGGUCCGCAACGAUAAAAUGUUGUGACAAAGGCCUAGUACGGCAGUUACUUGCUCCGGGUUAUGGGCCCCUGGUGAAUUGUAUUAUUUGUCUUAGACAGAACGUUUUACUGCUGGCUCACAAGAACUGUUAUUCUGUCAUCUUGAAAGUUGAGCUGUAUGUUGUCAGUAUGUCUUCGAAAGCUUGGUGAUCAAGAAGUAUUAUUCAGCUGUGCAAAUGUAAAGAUGGAAGCUGAUAUAAUGACCUUCUUUAUUGCAAAUACCUCAGUGUAAUAAUUAGUGGUCUUCACCCCAUUUUCAGUGAAAUACAGUGAAAAAGGACUUCAAUGUACCUCUAUUAAAAUGAACACAGUUUCCCAGUCUCCAGGUUCUUUGUUAUACAGUACCAAUCAAAAGUAAGUUGACACUCAAUUCUCGAUCCUCGCGAGAAUCGAGAAUCGAGUUGAGAAUCGAGACUCGAUUCUCAAUUGUUGCGUCUUGAUUCUCGAAUCUUGAUUCCUGCGAGAGUCAUCAAUCCUGAACGAAAUACAAUUAAAAGAGUGUUGUUUUGAGUAAUUUGCUCUCUCCAUGUGCUCUCGAUAAUCGGUUGCUGCAAGAAUCUACAACCUUUGUUCAAGUUUUGAGCAUCUUCUAAUUUUUCUCAAGUGAAAAAAAAUCUUCUACUCCAUAAAACAACAAACUCUACUCAGUGUCUGAUUUUCGGAGAAAUUCCUAAACUAUGCAAAUUAUACAGUGGCAAUUGACAUUUGCAUUCUUUCGCACAGCUCGGGUGACACUUUGCGUCAAAAUCUUAAAAAUAUUCAAAUGAUAUUUUGCAUCAUUUAAAUAGCAGAAAUUGUCAGUAAUAGUAACUGUGAAUGUUGAACUUGAAAAGCAAUUCAUGACCUUUUAUCUGUAAAAUCCAAAAUACAUGUAAAAGAUAGCUUUUGUAAAUAAAUGACAAAUACACGACGGUGUGUAAACAAAGUCUUGCGGCGCUUCUCGUUGCUUUCGAAUUUUACUUGUCGAUAUUUUUUCAAGCCAAGCGGCCGUAUAAGCACAGAAUCGUUUGACGUUACAAAAUAUACAUGCCGUUGCUUGUACACGAGAACCGUUAGUUUGCAUAUGGAGCAGGCAUUUGAAACUUAACUUGAGGAAAUGAAGCUUGAUACAGAUUUCUUUGAAGAAACAUUUGUUUUAUAACUAAAAUUAGUCUUGUUUCGAGCAUACAGUCGCUUGCGCGAAUCGCAAAUAUACAUGUAACCAUGCCGUGUUGUGUUACAGCUUAUGUCUUUGUAAAAUUAUCGAGAAAUCAAUCAUGGGUGAAUCUUUUGCUUUCUGUCAUGCGAGACUCAGUCCUCGACUCGAUUCCCGAUAGCUUGUUCUCGAUUCUCGAUUCUCGAUUCGUGCAGGAAUCAAGAAUCGCGAAUUGCAUUGAGAAUCGAGACUUGCAACGGACUGUCAACUUACUUUUGAACAGUACUGUAUGCAAGUUCAACUAUAUUUAACCUGUAAAAUUUGACAUGAUAGCCUUCCAUGGUUGUUGUGGUGAAACUACAGGAAUAUUAGAUUCAGGAGUUUUGCGUGCUGAAUUUCUACCAUAAACAGAUACCCCAGCCCCGUGCUCCUGGUACAUUUUUUUUUUGCAUUUACAUACAGUGUCUUUAUUCUAUCUGACAGUGAAAGAAACAUUUUUUCUUUUGCUGAACUUUCUUCAGUUUGCAUUAUUUUUCUUUUCUCAUAUUGAUACUGUUACUCUUUUAAUUUAAAUCUAAACUGUAGAGAAGUCUGGUUACCAAAGUGGCUACAAAACCAGAAUUUUUAGUCACCAAGGAGAAAAUGUUAGUUGCAUUGGCAACCGUAUUAGUCGCUAUUUGGAGCUCUGCUUUUAUAACGACAACCAGUGUUUCAUUAUGAUUGAUUUAUUAUGCAUGUAGGUGAUAAAACUUCAUCAGAAGCUUGGAAAGCCAAUCCCUGAACCUGCACCCCUGAAACCACCAGAACCUAAAGAUAGCUCCAAAGAAAAUGGGGACAAAAAAGCUGGUCCUGGUAACAAAGGCCCACAGCGAAAACCACCACCCAAAAAGAUGGCAGCACCAAAAAUCACCUUCGUAGGUGGCACAAAACUAACUUCUACUGGACUUGUCAAGACUGAUGCCUCUCCUGGAGCUGCCUCUAGUGGUUCAAAUUCUGGUUCAGCUGCAGGAAAUGAUGUGGAAAUGGAUGAAGGUUAAUGUAGGAUACAUGUAUGGUUUUCAAAGUUGAAAAAUCUUUCUGACACACUUGUUAGGAAAUUUCUAUGUGCAAUCGAAUGGUGAUGAGUGAAAUUAGAGAAUUAUUUCACAUGGGUUUUGUCCAAGUCCUAUCAAUUUCUGGAGCCUUUAGUACCCAUUAAUAUUAUAGGUGACAAUUAAUUAUGCUCACAAUCUGCUCACAAUUAUUAUUUUUUGCUUGUUAUCAUAUCAAGAACCCCACGCGCUAAAAAGUUUAGAGCAUAAAAGUUUUGCUCCAUUCACGAGUUUCGUAAUUUUUUGACAAAAUACCAGUUUGAAACCUUCUUGAUGUGCUCCUUCGUCUGUUUACAUUUUCUAAAGCAACUUUUAAUAGCCUGAUAUCUUCUGGUAAACAUUUUAAAACUUCCACGCCAUCUUGGCACAGAGACGUAUGGAAUGUUGCCAUGGCAAUUUGGUAAUUUCAUAUGUGGUAUUAUAAAUAACACUGAAAUUUCGCACCAAAGUUGAAGAGUAGUUUGUCAGCCAUGAUAUUACUUAUAUAAGCAGUUGAAGUUAUGUUAGCUCCUCAAGCUUUGACAGCAAGAGAAAAUUAAAAUAGUGUUGUUAUUGAAUGAAAUAUUUUUCCACUUUAUAUGAAACAUGUACAGUGUACUCUAAACACCAAGUCCUUUUGUAAAAAUACUGACAUUCUUAUUAUUUUGUAGAGAAAUUUGACUUGGCAAAUUACACUGGUGUGGACAAGAGCAAGAUUGUUGGUAUGUAUCUCUGAACCUGCCAGUGGUGACAUAUUAAGUAAGCACGAGGUUAAGCAAGAUAUUUGGUAUGGAAUUAUAAUCACUGACUUCCUUUGUGCUGCAGUGGUAAAGUUAAUUUACAUUAAUGUUGUGCAUAAGGAAAGAUAAGAAUUUUUGUUCCUGUUUUACCCAUAGAGAUGUCAAAGAUAAAAGAUGAAUAAUUAUUGGUAUAGAAAAAUAAAAUAUUACAGCAGAAGCUCUUGUAAACAAACACCUUUGAGACAGGAAUGGCAAUCAAAAACAAAUAAUCAAAGCAGAAAGAGUUUUGUGUGGCUAUUUUUCCUUUGUUUUGUCCUCCUUUUUUUUAAAAAAACAGACUAAAUUUAGGGUGUGCAUUAUACAUGGGUAAAUACUUUAUAAUGGCAAAGGUACAGGAAAAUGUCUUAUUCUAAAAUAUUUGUGACUUGGCAUAACUUGAUACUAAAUUUCACAGAGGUUGUUUACAUGGGAUAUGUGGUUUACUGAUAAAAUGUUUAGAAGUGACGCAUAUUUAGUGCUAAGAAGAUUUUCUUUCAGAACACUGGCUCUUGUUUUGGUCAUUAGGCUUUUGGCACCUGCUGGUGUCAAAAUGUUUGUGCUACUUUGUGAUGAUUUCUCACCUGCCUUGCUCUUACUUUAGGGUCUGAAUAUUUGGAAGAGAUAAAAAAUGAGGAAGGAAAGAUCGUUAGCUUCCACUGCAAAUUAUGUGAGUGUAAGUUUAAUGAUCCUAAUGCCAGAGAAGCACAUUUAGCUGGACGUCGUCAUCGUUUGUCUUACAAGGUUAGUCAAUCAGCAAGAAUUAACAUUGUUAAGAGCAUUUUGCUCCCAUAUGCACUGUAUGUAUUGUGUUUUGACAAUAAGUGGUGUUUAUGUGGAUUGACUCUGUCUUGUUAACUGUCUUUUACUGUUCAUAUUAUUGACUGGUCAUUUUCAUGGGCUCUUGUAUUGGAAAAGUUUUGAUGUGCGUUUUAUUCUUUCAUACAUAGUUGUAAGUUAUGUAAAUGUUGCAUUUCAUUCAAUUGAAAAAAGAUGUAGUUAACUACAUGGGUUAACUUUUUUGUGUUUAUUUUGGUUAUGACUGAACUGAAAAAUUAUGUUGUUCCCACGUCAUACGGAUGCUGAUAAUGUGUUUUGUAGAAAAAAGUUCAGCCUGAUCUGGUUGUUGAUUCCAAACCAAGUGGCCGAGGCCGCCUGAGCAAAGGACAAGAAGACAAGUUACGGCGACAGUGGGAACAGGAACAGUACUGGCAAUGGAAAAAGUAAAGUAUAUGUGUGUUGUUCGUGGUCGCUGCUGAUAAGUUCUAAAAAAAAGGGUGUCUCUUAUCUUUGUAGCUGUUAAUAUGUGCAGCUUCUCAUUUCCAACUGUUUAAUUUUUCAUUAGGGGAAGACAGGAGGAGGAGUUGCGUCGUUGGGAAGAAGAGGAAUAUUACAGGAGAAUAGCAGAAGAGGAGAGAUUUUGGGAAGAGGAGAAUCGUCGGCGUUUUGAGGCUGAGUUCUUUGAAGGGUGGGGUCCUGCUCGGAUGGGACCACCAAGGGGACCCCCUGGCCUGUUGGGGCCACGCCCACUCAUGGAGGGUGUUGGUGACAUGGGACCGGUAAAGUUUCUUCUUGAAUAUUAUCAAGGUUUACACUUUUCCUCAGCAGUAAACCUGAACUUGUUACUUGCUUGCACAAGUCCCCUUGAUGUAGCACCAGAUACAAUUAGCUCUUUGUUAGAUUCAUUUUGACCCCUAAAAGCCCAGGCGACACAACUGGCUCCAUUUUACAGCAGCUAACAGAAUGCUUCAGGACUUUGGUUUGAGCGAGUAUGAGUGAUCUAAAUCCCACUUGAAUUAAUAUGAUAAAUUUUUUAAACCUUAAUGUCAGCAUGCAUAUUAUACAAACUGUCUACACUGUAUACGUUUUCUUUUGUACUGAAGAGGAGAAUUUUUCUAACAAUCAAUACCUUUUUCACUUGUUUAUCAUUUCUUUUUUUCUCUUUGUUUGAUUGAGCUGUGUUGCUAUAAGGAGUAGUUAAAAAGUUAGGAAAAGAAAGGUGAAAUAAAGAGUAGCAAAUAACUCCAUCUUGAAAAGCCUGUAGAGAACCAGUCCAGCAUGCAAAUGAUGCAGCAGUUUGGUCACAGUAAUGAAUGUGGAUUUAAAACUGGUGUAUGUUUACAGCCACAGGGUAUGUCACGCCCCAGAUACGAUACACCAGAUGACCGUCUUGUAAUGGCCAAGCACUCAAGUAUUUAUCCCAAUGAACAAGAACUCCAAGCUGUCCAGAAGAUUGUGUCAGCUUCGGAGAAGGCAUUAAAACUUGUGUCUGACCUGAUAGCAGAGCAGGAUCAAUCCACUCAACCAAAGAAAGAAGAGAAAGAAGAAGCCAAAGAGGAGGUGAAAGUGGAGGUUAAAGAGGGUGAAGAGGGCAGUGAGGACAAAAAAGAGGGUGGAGAAGAGAAAAAAGACCCCAGUAAAACUGCUUCACCACCGCGUAAGUUCUUUUAUCUAACUGACAGAAGGGGAAGCAAAAUUGUUCAUAAAGUACAGAUAAUACUUUAGGAACUAACCUUAAACCUAAUCACUCUUCAGCUCCUCCCAAGAGACCCACUCCAAAUAAUUAUAUGCUUACAACAACUGUUGUUUUUUUUUUGUAGGUGCUCUGAAAGGUGUAAUGAGAGUUGGAGUUCUUGCUAAGGGGUUACUACUUCAUGAACGUUUGGAUGUCGAUCUAGUUGUAUUGUGUCAUGGUGAGAUGACUGAUUAAGUUUUUUUGGUUGAAAUUCAGGUUUACUGAUAUUAUUGUUGAGGUCAGAAAGGCCUGACUCCGAGAUGGUACUUCACAUGAACAGAAAUGAUUUAAAAUUCAGGCUGACCCAAAUCAAUUUACUAUAGGCUGGGUGAAUUAAUUUAGUCACCAAUCCUUAUUCCAGCCUAACUAAAUUCAAAAGGGGAAAAAGGUGCAUUUCAGUCAAAUAUACUAUUAAAAUUUAUCCAUUUGGUUUGGCUCAUGUGAAGUUCAGUGUCUGAAUCAACACUGGUCCUUAACCGAUAGAACUAUACUUAUUUGCCCUAACUAUUUAUUUCAAUUAUUUUAGAUAAACCUACCAGGCAACUUGUGAAGAGAGUAGCAGACCUCUUGCCAGAACACAUUGCAGUAAGUUGUCACAAUGUUUGGCUUCUUGUUUGGGUGACUGUAAUGGGAUGCUCAAGAAAGAUCAUAUCUAAUAGCUGAGGUUUAAACUAAAGGUUGCAUAAAAUUAUUUCUACCGCAGAAAGUGUCAGAAGAGAAGUAUGAAGUUAAAGUAGUCUACGAGGAAGCUGCCCUUAAAGUUGUCACCACCAGUGACCCUAAAGUUGUUGUUACCAUCACACUGACCUCACCUGUCAUGCGGGAGGGUGAUGAUGCUGACCACGGUACAUGUUUUACAUCUAUUUUAAUUUCACAGGGUCCUAAUAAGUCCCUUCCCUGAUGUAACAUUGCCGACAUGUGUUUUUUUAAUGCAUUGGAUUGGUAAAUUUCUCCUCUGAUGGUUAACGGUCUGUACUGAUUUUUGAAUGGAUAUGGCAAAAUUAAAUGACACAAAUGUGCUUGUUACAAGUUAUCUUAUUAAGGGCCCUGUGAUUUUUACUUUACAUUUAGUUUGAAAUGUAAACAGUAACAUUUUACCACUGAGUUUGCUUUUGAGGAACAUACAAUCAAAUUGCCUUCAGCUGAAUGGAAGGGCAGUGGAUUUUAUUACUGUAUGUACAAAAAUCAGGGGCAUUUUGAUGACUACAAUUUUGGUUUUAACCUGGGUUAUUGGUGUAAGAAAAAUAAUAAUGUUCCUUGACCUGCCCCUACAAAAUUAUUAUUGGUUUGUGGAUGGACUUCAACAGAUGGUAGUGAUGCUUAUUUUAUCAACACAGAGGAUGACAAUCACUGAUUUAUUGUUCCUCCAAAGUCCAAAAACGUCUCAUAUUAUUCAUUAAUGUAAAUGAUAAUCAAUCUAUGCUAUUGAAAAGCAAUGCCUGUGCACAAAGCUUCUCAGCCUUGUGCUUGACUUGAUUUAUCAUUCUGAUGUUGUUGCAAAUCUGCAGAAUUAUCUGUGUAAUUUCUGUACACUCAGAUGACUGUCUUCCAUCCAUGCUACAGCGUGGGGGAAGGAGGUGCAAAGAUUCCUAGCUUUGUCUGUAUUUGUGUCUCUCUGCAUGAGUGUUUGUUGUUCUGUUUUGUUUGUGUUGAACUUGGUUAAUUAUUGGGGGUUCAACUUAUUUGCUUUUUGUGGUUCAGGUUAUGCUUAUUAUUUUUGGGUUACAAGUAAAAGAAAUGCUCAAUUUUUCUUGUUAAAUUAAAAUUUAGAUGAACACUACAUGUAGUUUCACAUUUUAAUAGCUAAGACAACUCUAGAGAACACCCUCGUGGCUUUAAAUCUGAGAAAUUUAGAUUCUGUGAAGUGGGGGAUCUGGAAGAACUUAAUAUAAUUUCUUUGCUGAUAGUUCUAUGAGGACGUGCCAAGUUUUUUUGUCUAAUUUAUUAAACAUCCUCGAAAUCUACAUCAUGAGGUACAAACACCUCUGUUUAAACAGAGCUGCUUAUUUUCUUGACUUAAAGGGCAUCAUUCAUUUUUUAUCUAAGUGAUUCAAUUUUGAAUGUCCUUACUUUGGAAUAAAAUUAACUUACUAAUAAAUCAAAGUUGAAAUUCUCCUUAGAGAAAAGAAUAGUAUUGACAUUUAAAUGUUUGUUGUGUGUUUGUGGUGUAAAUGUCAUGUUUGAUCAUGCUGGGAUAUCUUUUCACCUUCUACUUAACCACCCGAUUCUCACCCGUAGCUGAAGACGAUCCUCAAGUGCUGGACAGGCCAAAAUGCUUAGCUGCAUUGGCAUCGCUACGACAUGCUAAAUGGUUCCAGGUUCGCUCCUUUGCUCUAAUAUAUUUUAAGAGGAAUUGUCACAUUCUCUCUUAUUAUGAUAACUAUCUUUGGAAGUACAUCUGAUGCCAUCCACUCCGUACAAGAGAGUUAAAAGUGGCACAGCAAGAGCUGUCCAAUUAGACAUCCCUUGCAGUUUACACCUCCCGAAAUACAAGCAAUUAUGCUCUUUGUGGGUGUGUGUGCUUAGUGAGGGUGCACAUUGCUCGAUAUUCUGAAUUAUUAUCAAGAAAAUCAUCUCGCUUUCUGCACCAAAAGCAAAUAACUUCUUUUCUCAUUGAAUUGUUAUUGAAUUCAAUAGUACUAGGCUCAGAUUUGCUUCCAUAGUAAAGUUCUUUACAUGAGGUGCUUGUUGUGUUUCCUUGUGCUCUGUUAAAUAGUAUCAUUUGAAGUCCAAGCAAGGUAUGUAUGUAUGUUUGUGCAGUCAACUGACAUGUGACACUUCCUCUUUGGAAAACUGUGGUCUCAGAAUGCAAAUUUUGUUUCCAGGUUUUCACUGUUUUCCCUGUUAACAAAAUUCUUUUGUUUUCUUUAUUAUUUCUUUAUGUUUUUUUUUUUUUGUAAAUUGGCAUUUCAUUAUUCGUGAAGUGCUAGUUUGCAUUUCAAUCUCUUUGAUAUACAUGUGUGUGUUGUUUGUAGUGAAACACAUAAACAUAUUCAGUGGUUUAUAUAAGUACAUGUCCAUGUCUGUGUAUCAACUGUAUGUUUUAGCACCGCAAAAUUAAUAUUCUCCACAGAGAGAGAUUUCAGUUAACUUCGAUUACAGCUGUACCCUGGUUUGUUUACUGUCAAACUCUUAAAACCAUGAACACCUGAAUAUCGUUAAGAAUGAUGGUUGUUUGGUGACCAAUAACAGUUGAGAGGAAGCAAGGAAGCAUCAAAACCACAAGCUAAUUGCUAUAGGCCUUUCUCAAAAGUAACAUCAUACUCUUUUUUGUCCCUCCAAAAUUUUGCUGCAGUAUUGAUUUCUAUUUUUCUUGGGGUGAUUGUAAGUUCCAAGAGAAAUUGAUAACAAUGCCUGUGCAAAAUUUUGGAGGGACAGCAAAGAGUAUUAUAGUAUUUUUGAAAAAGGCCUGUUGUCAAUUGCCUUUUAGUUUUCUCUCCCCUGAGUGGCUUUUGCCUUUCAAAACAAUAAAAUUCCAGAUGUUCAUGGUUUUAAUGGAGUUUCACAGUAAUACAUGCUAUAGCUUUCCCCUUUUGUACAGUAUUUAUUGCAACAUUUCUGUUGAUCUGUGUAAAAUUCAAAUUAGUUCAAAAUACAUGAACCUUUCCAUUGUAUCCCCGGUCUUAAGUUUAACUAUUGUCUUGAUGUUUCUCUUAGUCAAUUAAGCUUUUUUCAGUGAUAAGUAUGGUACAGUAAAGGCAACUCAAAGUGGCACCUUUUAAGCUGGUUGUUGGUUAUAAAAAGAAAACUUAUUCACUAAGGUGGCUAGCUCACUAGUUAGAAUUAGUUAAUAGCUUCAUUACUUUGUCUUUGCGUUAGGACUCUUUUUAUUCCUGCUGACUUUGUUUGUUUUUCCAUAGGCAAAGGCCAACGGCCUUCAGUCAUGUGUUGUCAUUAUACGCGUCAUGCGUGACCUGUGCCAGAGAAUUCCGGCAUUUUCUCCACUUAAUAAUUGGGUAAUAAAUGAUAAACCCAUAUUGCUGUACUUUUUGUGAAGAAUUGUCCCUUUUUGUAUUGUAUCACUAAAUGACGAAUUAUUACAGGAAUAGUCUUGGCCUGAAGCAAAAUAUUUUUAAAUAUGGGCAUGGAUGCACCUGAAAUAUGAAAAUUAACAAAAAGUAGACAGUUGCAAACAGAUCUUCUCGCCAUAGGUUCUGAAUUUUAUUUCCCUUAGAUAGAGGCAUUUUCAGUGCUUUUAUUUGUCUUGUCAUAGUGAAGUCAAAACCGGACUGUUGAAAGUAAUUUCAGGUUGGAUGCUCAUUGAAACCAUCUAUAUUGGCUAUAUUUCAAGAUUAUGAUAAAGGAAAAUACUGUCCGAGAUGGAAAGUGACGACCAGUUGUGGACCAAAAAUGUUGCUCCCAUCGGGUGUUUGUUUCAAAAUAAAGUGAUGUUUCUGCCAAAGAUUGUGCUCAUUUUAUGCUAAUCUUUGACAAACUACCAUUGAGCGACCAACCUCUAUGAAGCUGCCACUUGCCGGUAACCCAACGGUGGCGGCUUAAUGGAGGUUUAACUGUUCUGAAACAAGCUCUUAAUGAAUAUAUUGUUUUGUAGGCAAUGGAACUUUUGGUGGAAAAGGCUCUGAGCAGUAGUCAGCAGCCCUUGGGACCUGGUGAAGCUUUCCGCCGUGUACUAGAAUGCAUCUCUAGUGGCCUUCUUCUUGAAGGUAGACUACUCAUUUUCAGUACAUUUUGUGUGUCAUUUCACUGAUACUUAAGCCUUAGAAUGCGAGUGACAUAUUUAAGACCAGUACAUAGCAUUGUAAUUUGAACAUAAACUCUCCUUCUGUGCAAUGUAAAUUGUAAGGGUUUAGGUUUAUAUAUUCAAGGUAAACCAGGAGACAAUAUUUUUUUCAUCAAAGUUGUCUUACUUUAAGAACUGUGGUACAUUCUUAAUGUAUCUGUUGUGAAUUAGGACUCUCAAGAGCAAUUUAAACAAGUUUUCUUUUCAUCGUUGUCCCUUUGGCAUAUUGCUUUGUUGGGGUACCUGCGUCAAAUUACUACUCUUUGUUUUGGAACCCAACUAAUGGGUAAUCACUCUGCUUUUAACUUAUGCACAGGUGGCCCAGGAUUGUGUGAUCCUUGUGAAAAAGAGACUGUUGAUGCCUUAGGCGAGGUAACAAUGCAAGAAAGAGAAGAUCUAACUGCCUCGGCACAGGUAGACACCAGGGUUAUUAUUUCAUUGAGAAGGCAUAGUCCUACUCUAUAACAGACUUUUUUCCUGCUUUUAAUGCCACUUCAGCAGCCUCUGUUUAACGUUCAAUAUUAUUGUAGUAAUUCUUUAACUCCCUAAGGCAAAAUUGAAGAAAAAAACAACUUUUUUAUGUUAAAUAGUGGAGAACAGUCAGUACUAAGUGAAACUUCUGCCGAAGAACUUUCGUUUGAAUGAUCAAGCUACAGGAUUUUGUCCAGACUCACAAGUUUUGACUUAAUGUCCAUACUAUAAAAGUAGUACUGUGCAAUACUACUGCUGAAGAGGUUUCAUUUGAAUGGUCACACCACAGCAUUUCGUUCACAGACUUGUAAGUGUACCAAGAAUCACGCAGUGGGUAGUCCCAAAGCCCUCGCUAGCUUGCCGUAGCAUACACUCAUGGGCAAAGAGUAUAUGGUUAUUGAAGCAACCACAGCCCACACUUAACUUUUAUUUAUUUUAUAUUGGAUGCUCUCUUGUGAGGCCUAAGUGAUGAGCAAACUCUACCUGACACAUUGUGGAGGGAAAAACUGAUUUAAUGAGCCUGAUAGGCCUCUUACAACAUCCCACAUUGUUUCCAACGACGCGACGACAUAAAAAGUUUUGGUCAUUUCUUUGAUUAUUCCUACCCAAUUUGUCAAUUGCGAACCCUCUUUUCUCCAAAUUCAAGCUCAGCAAGAGAAAUAAAAUUUCGUCGUUGCUUGUUUACGUCCUCCAUAAAACGCGAAAUUAGACAUUUUCAUUCCGUCAAAAACGGGAAAGAAAUGCACAAAAAGUUGAUGCACGUGCGAAGUUGUUGUUUUCCUAAUUAAACCAAUUGUUUUUUCGACGUUCCGACGUCGGGUCGUUGGCUUAAAGCUUUUUCGCCAAAAGAAGGCUUUGACACUGAAGACAGUGGUCUCUCCUACCAGGGGAAGAAGGAUUCCAACUGAAAAGGAGAAUUGAAACGAAGUUCCGGGGGCGUGGCCGCUUUAAAAGGGCGAGAAGCAGGAGAAGCCAUGGAAGUAGCCUCGGGGGGUAGUGGUGAGGCAAAACCCGAAGCCUAAGCAAACGUUACUAAUAUCACAGAGGCUAAAGGAUAUAACUCUUAGAUUACGUAGAUGUUCUCAUGGUCAGGCGUUUUUUUUUUAACUUAUGAAUGAAUGCUCUUGAGUUAAUUCAGACAUUUUAUUAUAGUUACAGUCGUUCAUGAUACAUGCAGGUUAAGGACGCGUCAAACUUAAAAAGAGCAAUAGUGCAUUUUACUAUCUUUGUUUGCCAUUUUGUUAGAUUUUAUGACAAGCGUAUUUAUAGUUUCAUUUGGCGUACAGAAAUAAAUCCGUUGUAGGAAAUAAAGAAGCAUGAAGAGGUCGCUCAAAGCAAUCCUUUUGUAACUGUUUAUACUUCACAGAAAUCUUUCCCUCCAGUUUAGACGAUUAAUUAGGGACUUGUCAGAAAUUAGCAGGGGGGAGGGGGGUGGAAACAGAGGGAGGGUCACAACUUUUUGAGACUGCAGAAAAGGGAGGGGUCAUGAAAAAUGGGCCGUUAAAGGGGGAGGGUCAUGCAAAUAUGUGUCCGUGAUCGCGUAAAGGUUCACCCACAAAACAAAAAAGUUCUUUAUUUUGUAAAAAAAAAACCUGGGAGAAAUAGGAGAGUCGAGUGAUCAGCUGUCAGAAUCAGAGUCGGACUCUUAAUGCUGUCAUCUAAAAUGUAUGUAUGUGGCA